AUGAAGGGCGCUAAAGGUAUUAUUCUUAUUGUUUCUCUCCUUUCCAACUGCGUCUCAGUUGGGUUUGCGACUUCGGUCCCCCUUGGCCGCAGGGACACAGUCAUCUUGGCUCCUCCCACUGAGGCCAUCCAUGGCAAUCCUACCUGGUCUGAGAAAGACUUGGUUACGGGUCCGGCCUUCGAUGCCUCAGAGCCAGAUGUUCCUACGUUCACCACGGAGGCUCCUACAAAAAUCAUUGGCCGUAAGGCCACCCCUAAUGCUUCACCUACUUCUACUGUCAGCCCUACUCCUACUGCUUUCACCUCCCGCGAGGGCAAGUUCUCUCGUGAUAUGUUGAAAAUCACGAAUGAUCUCCGCGCAAUCCACGGCUCCCCACCCCUUGUCUGGAAUAAGACUCUAGCCACUUACGCGUCUCGCCAAGGGAGAAAGUGUGAUUUUCGUCACUCUCAUGGACCAUAUGGUGAGAACCUGGCUGGUGGUGGCCCCAUGAACAAUCCUGUCUGGUAUCAAUGGUAUCUUUACACUGAGGUCAGUAACUACGACUGGAAUGAACCUGGCUUUGCGAAAGACACCGGUCACUUCACCCAACUUGUCUGGAAGUCGUCUAAGCAAAUUGGAUGUGCUUGGAUUGCGGGUUGUUCCAAUUUGGCCUACCAAGUUUGGUGCGAGUAUACGCCUGCCGGCAACGUCUCUCCGGUCAUUCACUACACCCAAAACGUCGGUCGUGCCAAAAGUAGUAUCCCAGAGGCUCCUCCAACAUACGAUCCUCUUUACAAAUGA